AGCUGGAGGAGGAGAGCGGUCGUAAAGGGAAACGCCCACUUUUUGGAAGCGGAAGAUGGAGAUCUGCGUCGUCUUGCGGUAGCUCCGUUUGCACAUCUGCAUGAUGGAAAGUGAUGAAGUCCGGCGGAGGUUGUGAGGCGGCUCUUCCCGCUGAUAUGUGAGGCUGCGGCGGAUUAAAGCAGGAAGCUUCGAGCCUACGUGUGUGGAUUAUCGGACGAUGGCGAACAGCUAAAGGUGGAGCUAACGGUGUCUUAGCUAGCUAGCUGAGUCCCCACCUGUCUCCAGGUGCCUCCACCUUGUCUCUGCUGCCAUGGAGGCGGGCGGCCUCCCCGUGGAGCUGUGGAGGCUCAUCUUGGCCUACCUCCCUGUCCCUGACCUGGGCCGCUGCUGCCAGGUGUGCCGCGCCUGGCGGGAGCUCAUCUUCUCCCUGGAUAACACCCGCUGGAGGCAGCUGUGUCUGGGCUGUCCCGAGUGUCGCCAUCCCAACUGGCCCAGCCAGCCCCACCUGGAGCCACUGUCCUGGAGAGAGGCCCUGAAGCAGCACACCCUCGCCACCCGCACCUGGACACGUAAUGGCCAAGAGCUCCAGUCCUCCGCCUGCCUCCUGUUUUUCCGGAGGAGGAAAGACCGCAGGGUUUGGCACGUGGGGCCCGGACGGGAGUUUGAGACCCUGCGUGGAGCUCUUGGGGUGGCGGCGCCAUACGACCGUGUGGUUCUCCAUCCAGGAGUGUACGAGGAACAGGCCGAGGUGGUUCUGAAAGUGCCAGUGGAGCUGAUUGGUCUGGGCCAGCUGGGUGAGGUGGCCCUCCUGGUCUGCAUGGAGCAACAGUGUCCUACAGCCAGGCUGUGUAACUUGGUGUUCAUGCCUCCCUGGUUCUCCACGGUUGUCUACAAGACAUCAUGGGGUCAUGUCCAACUAGACAACUGCAACUUUGAAGGAGCCCAGCUUCAAAUCCGUGGCCCGGGGACCUGCCAGGCUCGAUUUUGCUCCUUCUCCCAGGGAAGCUCUGCCCACUUGCUGAGUGUCGUCGUCAGUCUGUUGGACAGCUGUGACUUUUCAGGAAGUGACACAGCUUCAGUGACUGUGGAGGGCCCCCCAGUGUCCGAAAGAAACUGGGCUUGUAAACAUUUGACUUCCCUGGCCAGGACAUUCCCAUCUAAGUUCAGCAGCUCCCCCAGCUGCCCUCAGGGCAGCUCCACUCCUGAGCCUAAUCCUCCAGGGGGGGUUGCAAAGGAGUAUGUGAGCAUGGAGGACUGGAAAAGAAGGACAAGUGGAGAAGCAGUUUGUCAGGGCACCGUCAUCGGAGACGGCUGGAGUGAUGGUGAGCACAGCGAGGGGGAGGAGGAGAAAAACACAAGAAAACUCUUUACACUGGAUUGCAAAAUCCCAUGUGAAAAUCACAGCCUGUCCCAUCUGCUGAAGCCUCGAGCGGACGGCUCUCUGCCACUUGCCUCCUCCUCUGACCCUCCGUCUGCGGCCCCUGACCCCCUCACCCUUCAGCAGGAAUUAGACAGGGACCCGGAGGCUCAGAUCCUAGCCUCAUCCAUCCUUGGCUGCAUUUUGAGACGCUGCCUCUUCAGAAAUGGGAAGGGAGGUGUACAUUUGUCCAAUUAUGCACAAGCUCGUCUGGAGGACAACGUGUUCCGUGGGCUGAACUACGCUGUCCGCUGCAUCCAAAACUCCACAAUUGUGAUGCUGAGAAAUGAGGUGUGCGAGUGUCGCGCGUCAGGUGUGUUUCUGCGCCUGUCGGCUCAGGGCCUCAUCGCGGAAAACAACAUCCACUCUAACGGGGAAGCCGGGCUGGAUAUCCGAAAAGGGGCCAACCCCAUUAUUCUGUGCAAUAGGAUACACAGCGGUCUGCGUUCUGGGGUUGUUGUCCUUGGCAACGGGAAAGGCUCAAUUCGGAGCAACCUGAUCUAUAACAACAAGGAAGCCGGCGUGUAUGUUCUCUUCAGCGGGAAUCCUGUGGUGAGUGGGAAUCACAUCUUCCAAGGCCAGGCGGCAGGGAUAGCCAUUAACGAGAACGGCAGAGGGAUGAUAACGGACAACGUAAUCCGAGAGAACCAGUGGGGCGGAGUGGACAUCCGCAGAGGAGGUGACCCCAUUCUGAAGAACAACUACAUAGGCUACGGCUAUUCCGACGGCGUGGUGGUGGGAGAGAGGGGGCGUGGUCUAAUUGAGGGAAACCAGGUGUACUGUAACAAAGGCUGCGGUGUGUGGGUGAUGUCCUCCAGCCUUCCACAGCUGCUUGGGAACUACAUUGUCCACAACUGCAUGUACGGGCUGGCAGUGUUCUGCAGGAAAGACCCGGAGAACGUUGAGGCCAGGGAGGGGAACUGGCCGGGGCAGGAAGUAAUAGGCGGGGACGCAGCCAGUGGGGAAAGAAGAGGAGCAGAAGGUGACGCAAGAGAAGGCCAGGAGAACUUUAAUGAGGAGGGUGAACUGUUUGCUUGGGAGAGCGAUCUGGACAGUGAGGAUGAGCGCCACUCUGCUCGCCGCUCCAUCAGCGUGGCCCUGGUCGAGAGCAACUGCCUCAGUUACAACGGAGCUGUUGGUCUGUACGUAAAGAGCAGCGAGGCCCUCAAUGUUUUUGCAAACCUAGUGAACAGCAACUGUGGCCCUGGCAUCGCUGUGCUGCAGAGCAGUCAGCUGACGCGGCUCGUUGCAAACUGCAUCGUGAAAAAUGGUCGAGGCGGCGUUGCGGUGGAGAAGGACUGCAGGGUGGAGCUCCGUGGCAACGGCAUCUAUGAGAACAGCGGCCACGGCGUCCGGUUCAGCGGGAACGGGCAGAUAGUGGAGAACGAUGUGGUUGGUAACGGGGGAAGUGGAAUCCAGGUUUCUGUGAGCUCUGAUAUUAAGGUGGUUCGUAACCGUGUCCAACCAGCAAUGGGCUGUGGCAUUGCUCUGCUGGGGCCACUAAAAGCCAUUGUCCGUGACAACAUCUUGUUCCAGGGUAACCCGGAAAACAAAAAGUCCCUCCUGCACACAGACUUCAUCAGUGAAAGUUGUGUGUUGCGCAACAACAGUAUUUUGAGACAUAACAGCUGUACACCUGCUCCGGCCUGGGUUCUGGAAAACCCUCCACCUCGCCCACUUGCCGGUUCUCCUGCAGGCCUUUCCUCAUCCCGGUUUCCUUCCCGCCUUGGGAUUUCCAUGACUACCAGAGUUGGAGCCACGGUGGAAAGCGGUUGUCACAGUGGCAGCAUGUUCUGCUCCAUCCUGUGAAAACCGGAUAUGGACUCCCGACUGGAUAGGAUCACGGACUCUGACCUGCUGAAAACAGGAAAUUUACUUCGUUUUUCUGAAGGUUUCACCGUGGUCGUAACGGCCUAAAGGCACCAGAUGAGAAAGAAAACAUGCUAGGAGGGCACAUUGUGUAAAUCUGUGCCGUCACUUUUCAAACUUGGCUUUAAUACCCAUUCUCAUAAAAAAUAUUUACUAUCAAAAUGUAUUUAUUUUUCAGCUAUUUUAAAGUGCCGUGUUGGUUUCCACUCGGGCGUCUCGUCGGUGCGUUCAGGGGUCAGGUCUGAUAGGAUUUUAUAUUUCUGCUAAGUUUUUGGCAGUAGAGGUUGAAGAAACAUCACAGAUGUGAUCUUCUGCCCAGUGUUGGAGAUUAAAGCAGACCGGACGCACUUCAAAGCAGCUGAGAAAUCCCCGAGUCCUCUUGUAGUCUCUCACAGGCGUUACGCUAAAAUGUUCUUUUUCAGAGUGACUUUGGAUUGUUCCUGAGAUUUUCUGGUUUAGCAUAUGCACAUUCACAAACCCGAGCAGGAGUCCAAGGCUUCAGGAAGUCACAUUGUGCCUUUUUUUUACUUCAGAAAUGAACUACUGUAGCCACAAUAGGGGUGUUGAUCGUUUAAAAUCUAUGCAAUAAAAAAAAAAAAAAGGCAAAACGAAGUUUAUGCCUCGUGCACAGAGUUGUCUCCAGGUGGGUCGGGACAGAAAGCAGGUUUCAGCUUCGGCUCAUUUUAAUGGGAUUGUUAUUGUUGAAGAUGGCGUUGAUGCGCUGCAUGGUGACUCACUUGUGGGCCAUUCCCAUCUGUACCGGGUCGGCCCGGGCCGGGUAGCCCCAGUCAGCCCCAGCCUGGCCCGGUUGAUUCCACACAUCCUUGCCUUAAGCCCAUGUGGGCUGAUUCUACCCACCAAUCAGAGGCUUGCUCUAAUGGAAGGUGUGAAUUUGCUGUCAGCAGUGGGUGUGUUGGCCCUGGUCGGCCUGAAGCAGACCUCCUCGAGAAGAGGGCUGAGAAUGAGCCUUGGUUGGCCCGGAAAAAUCCCAGGCCACCCAGAUAUGUAAACAACCUACGCUACCCGGCCCGGGCCGACCCGGUACAGAUGGGAAUGGCCCAUUGGUAACCAGACAGGAGGGAAUCCAUGUUAAUUGUGCAAUAUGUCAUGUCUACAAAUGUGCCUCUACGUUGAAACUGAAUAUUCUGUCGUCUUGAGGUUUACAGCUUCUUAGGCGUUUUCCUUUUUGUAUUUUUGACAAAAAUAAAAAACAUCAUGUAACAACUUUA